UAGAAAACUGGAGCUUCUUUGACACCCCAACUGAUAUAUUUUAAGCUAUUUACUCGUGGAUUUCCGGUCGGGUUUCUGAGGUUUCUUUAAGUUUUCUAAGACUAGCUCUAGGAGACUUCGCUCUCCAGAAAGGGAACUUUUAAGAUUAGAAUGUGACAAGUUUAAUUUAGGAGCUAUUUUUCUUUUUCUUUUUCUUUUUCUCUUCCUUUCUUUCUCUCCGGCUCUCUCCUCCCCCUUGUAGGCUCUGGUGGAUAGCACGGAGCCACAGAAUUUAAGCAGACAGUCAGGGGAAAACAAUCUCCCCUCACUUUGAGUACGGGAGAGAAUCGGGUUUUUAAGCCUCACGCCGACUUGGACUUUAGCCUUUGCUUUUUUUUUUUUUUUUUAACUUUUAAUACAUUUUCUGAAAUCGGUAACCAACGUGGGCAGGUAGAGGGUAGAUAUCUAGGGAGAAACGAGGGGAAAAGACUGAUGUAUGAACAAAUACAGUACAGUAUGGAGAGAGAGCGUGGGUUGUUAUUUUUGUUUUCUUGUGUUUUGUUUCUUUGCGGGUCAGUGGUCCCAAGCCGAGACGGCAGCUGCCAGCGUGUGGGCAUUUUUAACGAAGUCUGCCCGCACGUCGUGCUCCCGGCUACGGGUCCCCAGGCAAGCUCAUCCCUCCCGUGCUUAGCCCUCCGCCUUCUCGGACUCCACGGGUCGCUUCCGGAGUCCGCGUCGAACGAGGGUGUCCCGCUGCCCUUGCAGCUCGCGGGCGAGGCGAAGCGGCCCGGCUGGGGAUAGACAGAUGCGCGAUCCCGCGCCAUAGCUCGGGAGCUGGGGAGCUGAGCUCAAGAGGAAAGGAAAGUAAGUCUCAAGGGGACGUCGAGAGAGGGAAGAAAGACUCCGAAGCUUCGAGAAAUCAGAGGAUCAGAAAAAAAGAAAGCGAAAGGGAGUUAGCGAAGAGGCAGGCAGAGGCGAGAGGCGACCGGGAAAAGUUAGAAGGCGGAAGGCAGAGAUGAGACCCGGACUUCCCGCACCAGCAGCACCAGGCUGGGCCACCCGGCAGAGGUGGAGAGCCCAGAUUCCGUAACGGGUCCGGAAAGAAAUCUGAACCCUGAGCCUUGUUGGUGUUGGGACCACUAGCGACAGUUCCGCAGGGGUUUCGCCUUGCUCAGCUAAGGGGAGUCCGGAGGUUUCCUGGAUAGAGCUGCUAGUGCCAGUGCCCAGUGUCCCGCAGUUCUGCCAUUCCUACGACCUCAUCUAGAGGACCGGCACGAUGGCGUCCCAAGCCAUAGCUCGAGACUCUCUCAGCUGGGCUCUGUGUCUCAAGGACCUUACUCGAGCGCCCCGCCGCUGUCCCACACGCCAUCAUCGGACUUCCAGCCACCCUACUUCCCGCCCCCCUACCAGCCGCUACCCUACCACCAAAGUCAAGACCCGUACUCCCACGUCAACGAUCCCUACUCCCUGAACCCUCUGCAUCAGCCCCAGCAGCACCCGUGGGGGCAACGACAACGCCAAGAAGUGGGUUCAGAAGCCGGCUCUCUCCUGCCCCAGCCCCGGGCAGCCUUGCCCCAGCUCUCCGGCCUUGACCCCAGAAGGGACUACCACUCUGUCCGCCGGCCGGACGUGCUGCUGCAUUCCGCACACCACGGCCUGGACGCCGGCAUGGGCGACAGCCUCUCAUUGCACGGCCUUGGGCAUCCCGGCAUGGAAGACGUGCAGUCAGUUGAAGAUGCCAAUAACAGCGGCAUGAACCUAUUGGACCAGUCAGUCAUUAAAAAAGUUCCUGUCCCUCCCAAAUCUGUGACUUCUCUAAUGAUGAAUAAAGAUGGCUUCUUGGGAGGAAUGUCAGUCAACACCGGCGAGGUAUUUUGCUCAGUCCCAGGCCGCUUAUCUCUACUCAGUUCAACUUCCAAGUACAAAGUUACUGUGGGCGAAGUUCAGAGAAGGCUCUCGCCCCCUGAAUGCCUCAAUGCGUCUCUCCUGGGCGGCGUCCUCAGAAGAGCCAAAUCGAAAAAUGGGGGGAGAUCCUUGAGAGAAAGGCUAGAAAAAAUCGGUUUGAAUUUACCCGCGGGCAGGCGCAAAGCAGCAAAUGUCACGUUACUCACCUCCCUGGUAGAAGGGGAAGCGGUUCACUUAGCUCGGGAUUUUGGGUAUAUUUGUGAAACAGAGUUCCCUGCUAAAGCCGUAUCUGAGUAUUUGAACAGACAGCACACGGACCCCAGUGAUCUGCACUCCAGAAAGAAUAUGCUGCUGGCCACCAAGCAACUUUGUAAAGAAUUUACGGAUCUGCUGGCUCAGGACCGGACACCGAUCGGAAACAGCCGGCCCAGCCCCAUCCUGGAGCCGGGCAUCCAAAGCUGUCUCACGCACUUCAGUCUCAUCACGCACGGCUUCGGUGCCCCGGCCAUUUGCGCUGCGCUCACCGCCCUGCAGAACUAUCUCACCGAGGCUCUCAAAGGCAUGGACAAGAUGUUCUUGAACAACACCACUAACAGGCACACGUCUGGGGAAGGCCCAGGUAGUAAAACUGGCGACAAGGAGGAGAAACACAGGAAAUGAAAAAAAAUUAAAGAGAAGGAAAAUGUUUUAAAUACAAAAGGAAAACAGAAAAAAAAUAAAUUUAGCUUUAACAUAUUGGAUUGGCUUUGGAAGAAUUAUAUUAGGUAGAAUACACAUACAAUCAAAAUUUUAAAAGAAAGCUAAAUAACUUAAAAAAAAAAAAACUGAGGCGUACAACGGAGCAACAAACCAGCUCUCGGUGUCUAUUUCAAGAUACACGUGGAGACAACCGUCCGGAUUUUCCACUUCGGUUCUUUCGAGUUUAGUAAUACAGAUAAUAAAAGAAAACUAUGAUCCCCCUUUUGGAAAAUAAACGUGAGACUAAACAUGAGAACACGCUAACUUAUUGGAAGAAAAUUGGAGAAACGUUGGUGUCAAUGCUUUUGAGAGCUGGUUGACUGAGACGCACGAACUUUUAAAGUUUUAAUUUUAAUUUUUUUUUUCUUAAGGAAACUCGCACUCCGCGCCCUCCAUUUCUCCUCAAUCUCCUCACUGUUGCCUCCCUUUCUCCCCCUCCUCACAGCAGGACGGGGAACCUGCUGGGUGAUCACCAGUGUGAUUAGCCUCUCCGACUUUAGCCCCUUUGGUAUCCAGACCUCGCCCUGCGUUCCUUACAGCCCUGUGCCCAAGUCCCCACCUCCCCGCCACCCCCCCGGCCCCGGUGUGUUUAAUUAGGGAGGCCAGGGGUGGGGGUGGGGGACAGGCGGAGGCUCGAGCUUUUGAUCCAGUCUUGAGAGCCGAGGCUCCCGCGGCAGAGGAAACCGAUAAGUUGAUUCAUCAUGGUUCCUUUCAGAAAGAUGUUACUAGUUCCCAGACGUGACAGCACCUGUUCACAGAGAAUAUUGCAUUUGUUAUACUUGUGUCAUCUAGAAAUAUAGUUUAAAAAAAAGAAAAGAAAGAAAAAACAAAACAUGAAAACUUUGAUUAGUAUGUAAUUCCUUCGGAGGGGUAUGUACCAUUUACUCUCUUCUGUUUCCCAAAGCUUUACCCGCAUGGUUUAUGAGCUUCUUCAAAGAAGACUUGGGCUUCCUACACAAUCUAUAAGGUACUGAGAAAAAAAAAAAAACGAUCCUUUUAAAGUUAAAGCCUCCGUGUCAGAUUCGGCAGGUUUUACUUCUUUAAAGAAGCUCAAAGAGAAUCAUUUAGGAAAUGGCCAGUGUUGGGGAGCAGCAUUGAAUUUCUUGCUAAGGCACCUCAACGGGGGAAAUUCCAGCAGGGGCGGGGCAUGGCAAAAAGCAUUUUAAGGGUGGUCGAGUCAGGAAGGCAUCUUGCUUGGGAACCUAUAUUCUAAUGGUAUUGUCUUAACUGAAAAAAAAAAAUGAAUUCCAUGUCCUCGGACUCUUUGGGGACCGAUGUUCUAAUGGGGAAAGACGCAGUUCUGCUGACGUAAUUGGGGAAGACAGUCGUCAAACUACCAUGACUCUGCUUUAUGAAUGAAACAGUUUUCCUUCUCAGACACACAGUUGUUUUGGUGUCUAGUUUGGUGCACAAAAUGAUGUAUACACACACACACACACACACACACACACACACACACACACAUACACACCAUAAAGCACAGAGCGAAGGAACGAGCUUGUAUUUCAGCUUUGAAUUCAUGUCCAGAUACAUUGAGAAUAUUCCCAAUGGAUAAAGUUCCAUGCUUUUAAUGUAUCUCUCUUCUCUUAAUCCAACAUUUCACUAUGCCCCGUCUUAAUAUUACCAUGAAGUAAAGCCUGCACCUUUAACAAGAUCAAGGAAUAGAGUAUUUGAUUGGUGCACACAUUUAGUUUGGGUACACGUGGUUCUUUUACAACCACCUGGACGGGAAUCUUUACAAAAGCCAUUGGGAUAAACAUUCACAUGUUUUCUGUGAUUUACAGACAAUCUCUUCCCCCCAAUAAUCUGGACUCUCUCUCAGUCUUCCUAUUCUUUUCCAAUCCAUUUUGUAGCAAGGGAAGGGGUUUCAGUUUUAGGGACCCUCUGGGGGCUUUGCUCAAAGGAUUUUAUUUGAGGAAAAGGAAAGUGAGUGGGUUUGAGAUCCAGGAAGGUUGUAAACAAAAAUAGAGGUCAGGCAACAUCUCCUUUCCUGUCUCUAACUGCUGCUGAGUCCGGUAGGUUUUCAGGACACAGCCUCAGGCAAGCUGAAAGGAGUAGAAAGGGCAGGAAAGAAGGCAUUGUGCGAAUUAUUGACUCACAUCUUUCCUCAGUUUAGAAGCCCACCCCUUUUGUCCGAGAGCCUGGACGCUUGCAUUAGUUGAAUUCUGAUUGCACAAGGCCAGCAGAAAACACAUUGAAAAACAUCGUCUCCUUUCCUUGCAGGGCAACGCGCCCCACGCGUGUGACAUCGAGAGACGCGAUGGAUGCGCCUUGCUCUUACUGUGCAGGUCCUGAGAACAUGUGGGCCACUGAAGCCCAGUGGUGUUGAGGACAUAGAAUCAGCAGCUGCUGGGGGCUCAAGCCGCACAGUCCCUUCUUGCUCUCGGCCUCACCCUAAGGGCUAAGGCAACUGAGAAAGGCUGGUUCCCGAGUAGGUAAAAGGGCGGCGCCCCACUGGCUGCUGGGGGGAGGGAUCCCAGAGCUCCGUCGGUAAAACCCCUUUGCCGCAAGCGGUCACUCCCGGCCGGCCCUACUCUUAGAGAGGCUGUAGUUUGGAAAAGUCCAAGGACUUUGAAACUUUCAUGUAUUCUUUAUUGCCAGGAAGGAAACUGUCCCCACCCUAACUCUCCUGAAGUGUGGACAUGAAUAAGAACUGUCAUUCUAGGGUAGGUAGACUCCCUUAGACGCCCUGGUGUCCACCGGAGCAUCGCGAAGGUGCGGCUAGAUAGACCGGGUUUGAGCCCCCUCCCCCACCUCCGGUGUUGUCUUCUGUUUCUGUCUUUUUUUCUCUCGCCCUCUUUCACUUCGGACCUUCCGCCCCAUGCUGUCUUUAGCUAAGCCGGCUACAUUUAUCUGAUAAUUGAGUUAUUAAAAGAUUUGUUUUUUUGGGGGGGGUGUUUAAAUCAAUAAACAGUAGGAUUAACACAAGAGUUUGCCUUUUAAGUCAAGGAAAACGUUUAAGGCCAGACCCUUUGAGUUUUGUUUUCAAACCAAACAGGUGAGUUAUAGCCCCAUCUUCUCCCCUGCACUCAGUAGACGCCUUAUCUAGGCCCUCAACCCCUUCCCGCCACGCCCCCACUAAAUGCUGGGUUCCAAAACCAAGUAACUAAAGACUGAAGAGUAAGCCUGUAAGUACUGGAGUUCUCUCUAGGCUCUUUUAGCCCCUUCUUUUUGAAUGAAACAUUCUCCUACUUGUAUUCUGGGUCUCAUGGAGUUUGUUCCUAGUGAGGAUUCCCUCUCCAGAGACCUUUAACUUUUAACUUCCAACCCAACUAGGAGGUAACUUUCUUUUCUUCCUUUCCCCGACUUACCUUGCAAGCGCCCACCUGCCUCUUACUCAUUCCCGCAACCCUAUCUACCUCUUCACCGCUAGCUUUCUCCAACCCUAUAUAAAGAGCUCAACGGGCUUUCAAAAAAUCCGACUUCUGUUGGCAUUGCCCAAGGAACUUUCUCUUAAGCAAUUAUUUCAUAUCCUUUGGAAGCUGGUCGAAUGGAAAACCCCAACACCCCAACUUUUCUACACACUUCCUUUAUGGUUACAAGAUCCAUCCCUAGUUAGUGUAUUGAUAGAAAAGUUGUCACCAUACCUGAUAUCCUGUACGUGUAAUACAUUCUGUGGGAAGAAAAUGAUGACCUUAGUCCAUCAGACACUGCCUCAAGAGUUCUGAGAAACAAGAGCUCCCCUCCUUUAGUGAUGUAUAUUAAAUUAUUGACAAAAGAAAAAAAGUAUUGGAAUUUGUUUUCUUAAAAAAAAAAACGGAGUGAACACCAUUUCUUCUUUAAAUACAGACAUUGAUUCUCCUUUUAAGUUGGCCUCUAAUUCAGUAAUAUUGUUUUUACCACCCAGUCAAGAGGUACCAACUGCCUCUUCCUGAGAGCACUCUGGAGGGUAUCCGUGUUAAGUUUGUAUAUAUUUAUUUAUGCUUAAUUUAAUGGGAAUGUGUAAAUAUUAUGAGCAAGUAGUUUGGGAUUAUUUAUCUGUGAAUCUAUACCUCUGUGAAUGGGUGGUUAAAAAAAAAAACAAAAAAAAAAAACCACACAAAAAAAAAAAACAAAAAAAAACGCUUGACCCUAGCUAGAAUCCUAUCCGAAUUUUUCUGUUCUUUAUAGACAAGCUGUUAUGGUAUUGGGUAGAAAUUGGUUUGUUGUCCAGUGUUAAUCUGAUUUACAUAAAUAAAAAAUUGUUGUGUUCUUGUUGUGUUCUCCUCUUUAGUUCCUUAAACAAGGACAUUGUAUCAUUCUACAGACAGAAAAGAGAUAUAGCAAAAGGCUUUCUUCUUUUUGCACCCUCCCCUCACUGAAGUACAUACAGUGUUUUUGUUACAAAGAAAUACAAUAAAUUUUGCUUAUCAGAAAAAUGAACACUUUAGUUUCUAGUAGGAGGUGCUUUUUUUUUACUUUUAAAAUUUCAAAUGGAUACUAGUCCCAAUCAUAUUUGUAAUAAAAGUUCAUAUUAA